AUGUCUUCAUUCUCGCUAAUGUCUCUCUUCGGAGUCGACCAGACUACCGAUGACAAGCACCACUUCGAGACCUCCUGGGUCUUGUCCCCCGCCCUCCUCGCCGGUCUCCGCGGCUUAACCGCGCUGUACAUUUUCCUCUCCAUCUUCAUCUUCUGGGGCUGGUAUGGUACCCACCAUGACCUCCUUUCCAUUGGCCGCUCGUUCAGUUCCUUCACCUGGCUAACCUACUGGGGCCUUGGCUUCUAUAUGUUGUUCGCAGCCAUCCAUACAGCCUUUUACGCACGAACCGGUCGCUCUGUUCUCUUCGACCGUUGGCCACGCAUCUUUCGCGUUCUCCACAGCCUACUGUAUGUGACCAUCACAACAUUUCCGUUUCUCGUUACCGUUGUCUUCUGCACUGUCAUCUUUACUCCACCGUGGUAUAAGGAGACAUUCAGCGCCUGGCAAAAUGUCUCCCAGCACGGUCUGAACUCUCUUUUCGCUCUACUGGAAAUCAUCCUCCCAGCUACACCCCCACACCCCUUCAUUGCAAUCCCGUUCUUGCUACUUAUGCUCUUGCAGUACCUCUGCGUCGUGUACAUCACCCACGAAGCCCAAGGCUGGUACCCAUACGCCUUUCUCAAUGCCGGUGAGCACGGACAGAAUAACACCCUUGUGAUAGUAUACUGUUUCGCUAUCAUGGCUGCGGUUCUAGCUGCCUUCGGUGUUUCCUGGGAGCUAAUCCGUCUGCGCUGUCGGCUUACGCACGGAAAGAUUAAGCGUGCGAGGCGGGAUCCCCUCCGCCCCCACGAGGUCGCCGGCGCGCGUGGGGAGGAAUCGAAUGAGAUGACGGGUGCGAUCGGCCUGGGUGAGUUGAUGGGCCGAUUCGCUUCUUCCGGGGGGAUUCUCUGA